GCCACUCGAUUUCACACUAUUUACAACAAAACCGUGAGGUUUGGGCUGGUAUUGGGGCUGGGUUGGAAGGGCAAUUUUGUCCUGUGCGUUUGAGACGGAUUGGGGUGGGUUUGGGUUUGCUGUCAUUCAGUGAGGGUUUCGGGGAUGGGAGGCCAUGCCUCCGAUACAGAGAGAGAGAGAGAGAGAGAUAGAGAGAGAGAGAUAGCGAGCGAUAGAGAGAGAGAGGGAGAGGUUAGGAUGUCAGUGCCUUAAUGUUUGAUAUGGUGACUGGGUGGGUGACAGUGAAAGAAAGAGGAUGGGUCGUCCGGAUUACGGGGAGAGAAACAGAGAGGGAAGGGUGGGGAUGGUGAACAGGCCCAAGCAUGUUCCCUCAGUCCGGGAUUCACUCACGAUCGUCCAUGCCCUGUUGCAUGUUCAGAUAAGUCUCUUUUUCAUUUGGAUUUUGAACUAAAAUCUUAAUUUUUUAUUAUUUCUUGCAUUUGUAUCUGUUGACAUUUUUUGGUACGUUAGGUCAGGUUUUGGGGAUUCAUCUUUCUAUUUAUUCCCUUAUUUGUUUCAUUUUCUCUCUUUUUGGGGAUUCAUCUCUCUGUUCUGUCUGUUUGUUCUUUGUUUUAAGGUCAGUUUUUCUUUUUUUUUUUUUGGGUUUUCAGUUGUUAAUCUGUGAUUCUGUGUUUAGAUUUUUCUUUCGUAUAUGAUUAAAUCGUUAAUGGGUUUUGGUUGUUGAAAUAUUUUUUUUUUGGGGAGAAUUUGUGUUUGGUUGCCGGAUUUGAUUUGGCUUUUGCUUUCAAGAAAACUGGGGUUCGAAUUUUGGGCCGAGCCUUUAUGAUUCGAUCGGAUCGAGGUGAUGGGGACACAAGUUCUGUCGGAAUAACAGAAACGAUUGGUUAUGUGGUUUUAGUGUUCAUUUGCUGUUGGAGCUCCCUGCAAUCGGGACUCGGAGGGAAUGCGACGGAUAGGCUGGCGCUGCUUGCCAUCAAAGCUCAAAUAAAGCAAGAUCACCAUAAUUACAACGUGAUGAGCUCUUGGAAUGAAUCCAUGCACUUUUGCAUGUGGCAUGGUGUGACGUGCGGUCGACGGCAUCGCCAAAGGGUCACUAACCUGGACCUGCAAUCUCAAAAUCUGGUAGGGAAACUAUCCCCAAGCAUCGGAAAUCUAAGUUUUCUACGGGAGCUGUGGUUGCAAAAUAACAGCCUCGGUCAUGAAAUUCCUCCACAAAUUGGGAAUUUGCGUAGGUUGCAGAUAUUGCGAUUAGACGUUAACUCGUUUAGUGGCAGUAUUCCACACAAUUUAUCACAUUGCUUCAACCUUAUCCUUGUGAAUUUCACUCGCAACAAGCUGGUGGGUAAAAUUCCUUCAGAAAUUGGAUUGCUGUCGAAGUUGCAAGAAUUUGUGUUAAAAUUUAAUAAUGUAACGGGACAGGUCCCUCCUUCCUUAGGGAACCUUUCAUCUCUCCAGGUACUAAGUCUUUCUAGUAAUAACUUGAUGGGAAACAUCCCCAGUUCUCUUGGCCAAUUGAAAAAAUUAACCUUCUUGGGAUUGGGGUUAAAUCGGUUGUUUGGUAGCAUCCCUUCCUCCAUUUAUAACAUGUCUUCUCUUGUUACAUUUUCCAUUCCAAUUAACCAAAUUCAAGGGAGUAUUCCAUCAGAUAUUGGCAAAAGUCUUCCUAAUCUCGAAAUCUUCAUCGUCAACUCAAACCAACUCACUGGGUCCAUACCCCCCUCAAUAUUCAACGUCACAAGUGUUUGGUAUUUUGAUGUUGGGAUUAACAACCUAAUCGGACGGGUACCGAAUCUCCAAAAGCUUCACAACCUCCUGCAUUUCAGCAUUCUAAAUAAUAGUAUUGGAAGCGGUAAAGAUGGUGACUUAAGUUUUCUCUCGGACUUGACCAAUGCCACGCAGUUACAAGCGCUGAUUAUUAACGACAACAAUUUUGGAGGGACAUUGCCCAUGUCAAUAGCCAAUCUCUCAACCAAACUUGAAUGGUUUUGGGUUCACCGUAACCAAAUAUAUGGAAGUAUCCCAUCUGGGAUAGGGAACCUGGUGAGCUUGGAAACGUUGGGUUUGGGGAAAAAUAGCUUCACAGGUAGCAUCCCCUCUGACAUGGGUAAGCUUUCAAACCUUGGAGCAUUACAAAUUUCCCAUAACACAUUAUCAGGAAAUAUUCCGUCUUCCUUAAGAAAUUUAACCAAGUUAUUCUAUCUUGAAUUGGAUGGAAAUCAUCUUGAGGGCAGCAUUCCUUCAAGCCUAGGGGAAUGCCAUUGGUUGCAAUCGUUGUCUGUUUCUUAUAACCUCCUAAAUGGCACAAUACCCAAACAAGUUUUUAGACUCCCCUCCUUAUCGAUUUCUUUGGACUUGUCUAAUAACCUCUUCACAGGUUUCCUUCCCCCGGAAGUUGGGAAUUUCCAUAGUCUAAGUAAAUUGGAUCUUUCUGAUAACAUGUUAUCUGGAGAACUCCCCAGCAGCCUUGGUGGUUGUGAGAGUUUAGAAGUCCUGCAUUUGCAAGGAAACUUCUUCAACGGGUCCAUUCCUUUGUCUAUGAGUUCAUUGAGAGGGAUUCAAGAUCUAGACCUUUCUCGCAAUAAUUUUUCAGGGGAAAUUCCGCAUUUUUUAGAAGGCUUUAGAAUCCUAAAUAAUCUGAACUUAUCAUUCAAUCAAUUUUGGGGAGAGGUACAACUGGAGGUGUUUUCAAAAAUGCGAGUGCUAUUGGGCAACACUAAUCUGUGCAGCCCUAUUGCUAAAUUUAAAGCUUCCCCAAGUGCAAGUCUAAAGAGACCAACAAACAAAGGUUGUCUCGUAGCUUGA